AUGAGCCCUCCUACCACACAUUUUCUGACAGAUUCGGUACUAGAAUAUUUACCCCAUCCGGCUCCCUCCUCGCAACCGGAACCUCGCCGACCGCGCCCUCGGCCAAGAAGUCCAGAACACACGCUGCGCUUGCUGCCAACAUUUGGAGUCUUUAUUCGCGAGUUGCCUCCACUGGUGCGAUUGAAGCUUCGCUUCCCACGACUCCAGCAACCAACGUUGCCGCGCCGCCAUCUCCCCCUGAAACGGCCGCUGAAAGCCCCCCUGAGGUGCUCAAAUCUCUUACUCUUGAGCUCUCGGAUUACAAUCUUCAUAUACAAAUUGUUGCGGAAAGGGUCUUGCUAUGUCUUAUUGGGCCAAAGGUUGCUGGUGGCAGUAGCAGGAGCAGUCUGCACAGUGAAGGGGAGAGCAAGUCUGCGAAGAGCGGCGGUGGGGGAGGCAGCGGGAGUGGUAGUGGGGUCGUGCUGGGUGGUGGGUUGGGUAUCCUGAAGACUCAAGCUGUUGCAUUAGCAAACUACCUCGAGGAGGAGCUCCGGGGAUUUGAGUUGCCUGACGGGAUAUAGAUUGCUAAAUCUGCACCUCAAGGGCGGCAACCAGUGCGAAGUUCCCUGCACACUGUCUUCUUUUUCUUCGCCUUUUCCUUUUUAAUUCUCGCUCUACGCCAUUCUCUACCCUAAUACUCGAAUUAAUCCAGUCGGCGUAGACACCAGUUAAUCGUUAGAAAUUUGGGUGGUUCCGCAUGUACCUCUUUCCCGCCCCGCUUCUCUUCAAUGUUUCUCUUGUUUUCUGAUUUUCGGGGCCUUCCCCUUUCUUCUGCGCACCUGGAUUUUGUUUAUUUACCCCGGGGAGUGAUCGCCCCGCCGACAUUGCCAAUUUGCUACCGUCUCUCCGACCCUAGCACUUCUAGCACAGGUAUGAAUGAUUGCGUACUCC